AGUUAGUCGGUUUGUUCGUCGUGCGCGUCGCCGUUCUCUCCUCAAAAUCGGGGCUUCUCUCAGUGUGCCGCAGUUAGUCAUUGGUCGUGUACGUGUAUCGUUGCUUUCCGCUAGUCGCAUUGGCAUGGCGUACUAUUAUCCGAUUUUUGGAGUUAUAUGAUAGUGUUGACAGUUUCUUCCUACACAUUUUCAAAGUGAUAGAGAUUGUUUUAAAUGGUUAAGAUGUCUGUGAUGCAAAUACAGCAGGCCAAAAGGCAACAUUGUUACCUUUGUGAUCUGCCCAGGAUGCCAUGGGCUAUGGUACAUGACUUCUCCGAAGCAGUGUGCAGAGGAUGUGUGAAUUACGAAGGAGCCGACAGAAUAGAACUAGUGCUGGACAAUGCCAGGCAGAUGAAAAGGGCACAUGGCUUUCAGGAGCAAAGAGCCGGGCAUACGUCCAAACCUCACAGGAGCAGUACAACGCACGAACAUCAAAACGGGGAAGUGGUGGCCAGCUCCAGCAGACAACAAACUGCCGGAGCUCAUCACUCAACCUCCUAUAAUUUACACCACAGAUCAGGAAUGAUGACGGAGUAUCAGCAGCCCCAGCCUCCAAGGGGCACAUCAUCGAUGUCACGCCCCCAAAUAGAGACCACUCCGGAGCACGAGGCUCUGGUAGCUCGAUCUAACGUAAGAUUACCCACGGCAGCCCAUUUGGCUGCCGCUGCCCAUCAUCCGUUGCAAACACACCACCACGCCAACGGAAGACCACCCAGCUUAACCCAACAGGGCAUCAAGCGUGGUUUAAGUACAGCCGAGGAUGAUGACCAUCACGGUCAUCACAACGGCGAUGUCAACGGUGCUAAAAGAAUGAUGUCAGUUGAGGAACAUGGCACAGCAACAAGACCACCUCUUACGCGAGGCGACUCGUUGCCGGCUGUAUCUUUGUCCCAGCCUUUCGUCGUAUCCACCGACAGAACAUUUAAGCAGGAGAAACACCCCAUAAGAACAGCUUCCUUCGACGCAGGAACAGCUUUCAAACCCAACGCACCGAUCUCAGUGACGAACGCAAACGGCACUAAUUCGAACUCGCCGCUAAACAACAGCAGGACGAAUUCGCCACCGGAAGCCAAUCCGGCCGGUUCCACGCAACAAACUCAACCGCCCACCGGUUCGAGCCAAAGCCCGAUGGCGGCACUUAUGUCCGUGGCGGACAACUUGCCGCCCGGCAGUCCCAGAUCGGCCGUGGGCAGCCCGCCCGGAAACGCCGCCCCCAGGUCCGCCUCGAGAGGUUCGCAACACUCGCCUAACUCAACAGCAGGAUCAUCGAGUGGCAGAAGAUCCUCUGGAUCGAGGCACGUGUCUUCGACAACGGUAACGUCGACGGAAGCGGGCAACAUGACCGGGCCGAACGUGGAGAACGCGGCAAAUGGGGAUAAUGUGGCUACGACUCCGGCGACCACUGCUACUUUAAAAUGCACCCUGUGUCAGGAAAGACUCGAGGACACUCACUUCGUCCAGUGUCCGUCCAUACCCCACCACAAGUUCUGUUUCCCCUGCAGCAGGGAGAGCAUCAAGAGGCAGGGAGCCGGCUCUGAGGUCUAUUGUCCCAGCGGAGAGAAAUGCCCAUUGGCCAAUUCGAACGUACCUUGGGCAUUUAUGCAAGGUGAAAUAGCGACAAUUCUCGGGGAAGAGUACAAGGUUAAAAAGGAGCGAGAAACUUAAUCCGGAAUGGCACUUGAGAAGUGUUGGAUAUUUUUACUCAACUCUAGUUGAGAAUGUCUCUUUGAUGAAGGAGAUGAAAAUUUUUGGGAAAUGUUGGCGAAGCGGUUCGGAAUAAAUAUGAUGGCAUUCAAUGAAUUUGUCGAAAAAAAAAAUUGUACAUUGAAUUUGAAGAAGGCUGUGUCGAAUUUUUAGUUUUAAAAGAAGUAGGGCUCGAGUCCAACGAUCUGUCUUAUGAUUAUAUACAUACAUACCGAAUUAUUUGAAAAUAAGGCUAUAGUCGCCGAAAAUAUGUAUAUAGAAUACAGAUAUUUGCCGAUUAUUUAAUAAAUUUUUAUGAAUAUGUUUAUUUUUGUCAAAGAAUCAACUUCUUUGUCUAUUUGUUGUUCUUUCAUUUGUGACUAAAGGUCACAGCUUAUUGUUUGUAAAUAAUGUAAAUAAAUCUACAAAAGAAAAAAAACAUGUACAAAAUAAAAUUAAGAUGUUAGUUAUAGUUUCCUUAUUUACUCUUUGUUUUUAUUAAAUGAAACGCACAAGAUAAAAAGUUUGUAAAACAUUUUCGGUUGGAAACUAGUUGCACAUUAAAAAUUACGAUUUUGUGUGAUAAUUUUAAAAUCGCACAUAAAACGACUCGUUUGUAAAAUUAGACCGAGCUGUAAAUAUUAUAUAUUCAUCAGCGAUUAUAAUCGAAGAAACGACAUGAAAAAUCAAAGUGAUUAUAAAUGCCGUUUUUAGUUUACGAAUUUUAUGUUCAUUGUGGUACAUUUGGGCCAAGCUUUUUUAUUUAUGGAAAGUACACUAGUCAAAACGUGAAGUGCAAACUUCAUUAAUAGGAACUACAAAACUCGCUGGUAUCUUAUAAGAAUGAUAUUUAAAUACAAUUUCUUCAGCAAGUGGUUGAGUACAUUGAAAAAUAAGGUAUUUUAAGGCUAAAAGGUUGAAAUAAAUUAUACCUAACUCAACUUCAUAAAAGCAAUCAAUAUACUCUAUUACUUAGUUUACUUAUGAUUAAUGUAAACAAAUGGAUGUUCUAUUUUACAUGAGAAUUGUUUUGUUUUAAAGUUUUCGUACUGAGUAUUCAUUUGCUUAUAUUGAUCAUGUAAAAACAAUAUACAUGAGUUUAAUAGCGAUUGUACCUUGAUACAUUCAUUUGGUCAAUAUACAAUAAUAUUAAAUGUCUAUUUAUUCGACUUGUAUAUUUACACUAUUGUCUUGUCAUAUUUGUUGGUAUUGUUUAGAAAAAAAUCAAAUGUACAAAUGAUUUUGCACUGGUAUUUUUAUAGGAUUUAAAAAACAGUAACCUUUGAAGUUGACGACAAUAACAAGGGCAGAAAUUAUUCACCAUAUUAGUCUUUUCUAAACAAUAUAAGAAACAAGAUGAAUCUUAUUGUACAGACUUUUGUAUAUAAGUAAUUGUAUACCUACAUAUGUAAUGGACAUAAUUAUACACAAAGAGACCAAUGAAGAAGUUACUUCAUUUAAAUAAUAAUUCAAUCAGAUUAUUUUUCAAAAAAGUUUUAUUGUCAACUUAUUAUAAACAUCAUUCGUAUGUUAUUUGAAAGCGAUUUAAGUAAAAAAAUUGUGAUUGAGUAUUCUGGACCUAACAAUUGUAUAUUCAAAAUAAUGUAGUUAUGGUUUUAAUAUAAGAUUUGUGAUAUAGCACAGAUAAACAAUUGUAUUGACAAUGUCAGAAAAUUGUAUAUUUGCGGUUGUUAAUUUGUAUAACAACGGACAUCUAUUUGUUCUAAAAGCUUGUACAAUCUAUGCUAGUUGAUGUCAAAUAAAAAAUAUUAAUGUCUUAAA